CUAUUUUCAUAUGCUUGUUGGAGCCAACACCCAACUAUCCCUUCUUUCUUUAUAGUCUGCAUCUUCUAACACCCUUUUUUUUCUCUCUCAUUCAAGUGCACAAACAUGAAGUUAAGUCUUCACCUUGGAGCUCUCCUCUUUUUCCUUUUCUUCCUAGUUUCCUCAUCAAAACUAUCUGCCAGACCACUCACCACUGAACAAGGGAGAAACAGAUCAAAACUGAAUGAGGUCUCAGGGGAGGACUUUGUUUUGGAGUUGGAAGGAGGUGAAUCUUUGAAGCAGCUGCUGGGGGUGGAGGGCUGCAAAAGUGGAGAUGAAGAAUGUUUGCAGAGAAGAAUGACUAUAGAAGCUCACCUAGACUACAUCUACACCCAGCACCAUAAGCCUUGAAAUCAGAAAUCUUGUCAUUUUAUACUCCAAUUAGUAAUAUCUUUUCAAUUUAGCUUAGAUAAAUACUAUUAAGCUAGGAUGUUUCCUAUUGUUUUUAUUUUCUCUACAACACUUGGGGCUUUGCAAAAGCCUUGUUGAAGUGGUAUUAAGGGUAUCAUCUGUUUGAUAAAGCAACUGAUGAACAUAUAUAUAUAUAUAACGGAAGCUUAUGAAUUUUAUUAGUCAUGUUGGGCUUGCA